UGUUCCUGCUAUGACCUCGCCGAUAACGGAGUCGGUAGUGUAAGCAGUGUUGUGUGCUCUCCUUGCGUGGUGGAUGAUGGCCGCUUCAAAGCCCGUUGAGCCGCAGUCCGGGAGCAGUCUCCCCCGCUGGCAGCUGGCCCUCCUGAUCGGAACCCCCAUAGUCCUGGGUGUAGGAGCUGUUUACCUGUGGAACCGCAGCAAGACGAAGGACUCACCGGGGAAACGGAAUGGGGAACGGACAACUCCAGAAGGCAGCGCGAGCCCCGUCCAGGGCCAAGACGGCGCAGCUAACCGAGCUAGUCGCGAGCUGGAGGACAUGAGUCCUCUGGACCGGGCCCAGGGUGCUAAGAACAAGGGCAACAAGUACUUCAAGGCUGGGAAGUAUGAGCAGGCCAUCCAGUGUUACACAGAGGCCAUUGGUCUGUGUCCUAGAGAGAACCAGACAGACCUGUCCACCUUCUACCAGAACAGAGCUGCUGCCUACGAACAGCAGAUGAUGUGGACAGAGGUGGUGCAGGACUGUACCCAGGCUAUAGAGAUGAACCCACGCUACAUCAAGGCUCUGUUCAGGAGGGCAAAGGCCCUGGAGAGACUGGACAACAAGAAGGAAUGCCUGGAGGAUGUGACGGCGGUGUGUAUCCUGGAGGCCUUCCAGAACCAGCAGAGUAUGCUGCUAGCAGACAAAGUCCUCAAACUGCUGGGGAAGGAGAAGGCCAAAGACAAAUACAAGAACCGUGACCCCUUGAUGCCUUCUCCUCAGUUCAUCAAGUCCUACUUCAGCUCCUUCACCGAUGACAUUAUCAGCCAGCCGCUUCAGAAGGGCGAGAAGAAGGACGAGGACAAGGACAACGAGGGCGAGGCCGCAGAAGUCACAGAAAGUUCUGGUUACCUGAAGGCCAAGCAGUACAUGGAGGAGGAGAACUAUGAUAAGAUCAUCAGUGAGUGCACUAAGGAGGUGGAGUCUGGGGGCCGGUACACUGCUGAGGCCCUGUUGCUACGGGCAACCUUCUAUCUCCUGAUCGGCAACGCCACCGGCGCCCAGCCCGACCUGGACCGGGUCAUUAACAUGGAGGACGCCAGCAUCAAGCUCAGGGCCAAUGCUCUGAUCAAGCGUGGCAGUAUGUACAUGCAGCAGCAGCAGCCUAUGAUGUCAACACAGGACUUCAACAUGGCCGCUGAGAUCGACACGCGCAACGCAGACGUCUACCACCACCGGGGACAGUUGAAGAUCCUUCUGGACCAGGUAGAGGAGGCCGUCGGAGACUUUGAUGAGUGCAUCCUGCUCAGACCCGACUCUGCUCUGGCACAGGCUCAGAAAUGCUUCGCCCUGUACAGACAGGCGUACACUGGCAACAGCCAGUCCCAGGUGCAGACGGCCAUGGACGGCUUUGAGGACGUCAUCAGGAGAUUCCCUAAGUGUGCCGAGGGAUACGCUCUGUACGCUCAGGCGUUGACUGACCAGCAACAGUUUAGCAAGGCAGAUCAGAUGUACAACAAGUGUAUUGACCUGGAGCCGGACAACGCUACAACAUACGUCCACAAGGGGUUGUUGCAGCUCCAGUGGAAGCAGGACUUGGACCUGGGCCUGGACCUCAUCAGCAAGGCCAUCGAGAUCGACAAUAAAUGUGACUUUGCCUACGAAACCAUGGGAACUAUCGAAGUUCAAAGGGGCAACCUGGACAAGGCAAUAGACAUGUUCAACAAGGCCAUCAACCUGGCCAAGUCCGAGAUGGAGAUGGCCCACCUCUACUCACUGUGUGACGCAGCCUACGCCCAGACUGAGGUAGCCAGGAAGUACGGGCUGAAGCCACCCACACUGUAACUACCCUGUCACAUGACCCACCCGACCCCAAGACUCUCUCCACUGCUAAACCUGAUUGUAUUAUAACUGCAGAUGUUUCAGUCAUUUGGUUUUGUAGACAUGCUGGAUAAAUAAAAAAGAGAAACUGAUCUGUGACCAUACAUCAGCGUUCCCCCAAACUCUGUCCUGCCACCCCCCCCCCCCCCCCCCCCCAGGACAGAGUUUGGGGGAAACGCUGCAUUACCUGAUCAUGUUUACGUCACGUUGAAUCGAGCUGUAACGAAGGAGAGGCUUUACUGUUCACAACCAAGGCUAGAACCCAAGCAUCUGGUAAUUAAUGGUCUUAACCCACACAUCCCUCUUCCUCAAGGCACUUAGUUUGACCCACACACCCCUCUGUUUCUUGGUACUUAGUUUAACCCAGACCACCAAUCCUUAUGAUCCUUCCUGUAUCUCAAUGCCCUGGUCUGUUAUCAGAAGCAUGUGAAUGGUCAUGUGAAAACCAGGUAUAAUUAAACCUUCUAAAAUCAAAAAGGGAGAUUCUUUCAAUAGACUUCUCAUUGACUAAUCCAUAUUAGGAAGUAUUUAAGAUAAUUAACGUUGUAUGUUGCCUGCUCACUGAGAACGGAUUUCCAAUGGACUGUUCAUUUGUUUCUGUACUCCGGACACUUCCAUUUCCUCAACAUGGAUGUAACCUUAUCAUUGAAUGGCAAAUUAAAAUGAAGGAUUAAAAUGUUAGUCAAAUGUGUAUGUAUAAUGAUGGAUGUCUGUGUUUGGUGUAAUGCUGGAGUUGACUAUGUGUGGGAUAAGGGUGAUGUUAGGGUCCUAUAGUAGUGGGAUAAGGGUGAUGUUAGGGUCCUAUAGUAGUGGGAUAAGGGUGAUGUUAGGGUCCUAUAGUAGUGGGAUAAGGGUGAUGUUAGGGUCCUAUAGUAGUGGGAUAAGGGUGAUGUUAGGGUCCUAUAGUAGUGGGAUAAGGGUGAUGUUAGGGUCCUAAAGUAGUGUGGGAUAAGGGUGAUGUUAGGGUCCUAAAGUAGUGUGGGAUAAGGGUGAUGUUAGGGUCCUAAAGUAGUGUGGGAUAAGGGUGAUGUUAGGGUCCUAAAGUAGUGUGGGAUAAGGGUGAUGUUAGGGUCCUAUAGUAGUGUGGGAUAAGGGUGACGUUAGGGUCCUAAAGUAGUGUGGGAUAAGGGUGACGUUAGGGUCCUAAAGUAGUGUGGGAUAAGGGUGAUGUUAGGGUCCUAAAGUAGUGUGGGAUAAGGGUGACGUUAGGGUCCUAAAGUAGUGUGGGAUAAGGGUGACGUUAGGGUCCUAAAGUAGUGUGGGAUAAGGGUGAUGUUGGGGUCCUAAAGUAGUGUGGGAUAAGGGUGAUGUUGGGGUCCUAAAGUAGUGUGGGAUAAGGGUGAUGUUAGGGUCCUAAAGUAGUGUGGGAUAAGGGUGAUGUUGGGGUCCUAUAGUAGUGGGAUAAGGGUGAUGUUGGGGUCCUAUAGUAGUGGGAUAAGGGUGAUGUUGGGGUCCUAUAGUAGUGUGGGAUAAGGGUGACGUUAGGGUCCUAAAGUAGUGUGGGAUAAGGGUGAUGUUAGGGUCCUAAAGUAGUGUGGGAUAAGGGUGAUGUUAGGGUCCUAAAGUAGUGUGGGAUAAGGGUGAUGUUGGGGUCCUAAAGUAGUGUGGGAUAAGGGUGAUGUUGGGGUCCUAUAGUAGUGGGAUAAGCGAGAAGUUUAGGGUCCUAUAGUAGUGGGAUAAGGGUGAUGUUAGGGUCCUAUAGUAGUGGGAUAAGGGUGAUGUUAGGGUCCUAUAGUAGUGGGAUAAGGGUGAUGUUAGGGUCCUAAAGUAGUGUGGGAUAAGGGUGAUGUUAGGGUCCUAAAGUAGUGUGGGAUAAGGGUGAUGUUAGGGUCCUAUAGUAGUGUGGGAUAAGGGUGAUGUUAGGGUCCUAAAGUAGUGUGGGAUAAGGGUGAUGUUAGGGUCCUAUAGUAGUGUGGGAUAAGGGUGAUGUUAGGGUCCUAAAGUAGUGUGGGAUAAGGGUGACGUUAGGGUCCUAAAGUAGUGUGGGAUAAGGGUGACGUUAGGGUCCUAAAGUAGUGUGGGAUAAGGGUGAUGUUAGGGUCCUAAAGUAGUGUGGGAUAAGGGUGACGUUAGGGUCCUAAAGUAGUGUGGGAUAAGGGUGACGUUAGGGUCCUAAAGUAGUGUGGGAUAAGGGUGAUGUUAGGGUCCUAAAGUAGUGUGGGAUAAGGGUGAUGUUGGGGUCCUAAAGUAGUGUGGGAUAAGGGUGAUGUUGGGGUCCUAAAGUAGUGUGGGAUAAGGGUGAUGUUAGGGUCCUAAAGUAGUGUGGGAUAAGGGUGAUGUUGGGGUCCUAUAGUAGUGUGGGAUAAGGGUGACGUUAGGGUCCUAAAGUAGUGUGGGAUAAGGGUGAUGUUAGGGUCCUAAAGUAGUGUGGGAUAAGGGUGAUGUUAGGGUCCUAAAGUAGUGUGGGAUAAGGGUGAUGUUAGGGUCCUAAAGUAGUGUGGGAUAAGGGUGAUGUUGGGGUCCUAAAGUAGUGUGGGAUAAGGGUGAUGUUGGGGUCCUAAAGUAGUGUGGGAUAAGGGUGAUGUUGGGGUCCUAAAGUAGUGUGGGAUAAGGGUGAUGUUAGGGUCCUAAAGUAGUGUGGGAUAAGGGUGAUGUUGGGGUCCUAUAGUAGUGGGAUAAGGGUGAUGUUGGGGUCCUAUAGUAGUGGGAUAAGGGUGAUGUUGGGGUCCUAUAGUAGUGGGAUAAGGGUGAUGUUGGGGUCCUAUAGUAGUGGGAUAAGGGUGAUGUUGGGGUCCUAUAGUAGUGGGAUAAGGGUGAUGUUGGGGUCCUAUAGUAGUGGGAUAAGGGUGAUGUUGGGGUCCUAUAGUAGUGGGAUAAGGGUGAUGUUGGGGUCCUAUAGUAGUGUGGGAUAAGGGUGAUGUUGGGGUCCUAUAGUAGUGGGAUAAGGGUGAUGUUGGGGUCCUAUAGUAGUGGGAUAAGGGUGAUGUUGGGGUCCUAUAGUAGUGGGAUAAGGGUGGUGUUGGGGUCCUAUAGUAGUGGGAUAAGGGUGAUGUUGGGGUCCUAUAGUAGUGGGAUAAGGGUGAUGUUGGGGUCCUAUAGUAGUGGGAUAAGGGUGAUGUUGGGGUCCUAUAGUAGUGGGAUAAGGGUGAUGUUGGGGUCCUAUAGUAGUGGGAUAAGGGUGGUGUUGGGGUCCUAUAGUAGUGGGAUAAGGGUGAUGUUAGGGUCCUAUAGUAGUGGGAUAAGGGUGGUGUUGGGGUCCUAUAGUAGUGGGAUAAGGGUGAUGUUAGGGUCCUAUAGUAGUGGGAUAAGGGUGAUGUUAGGGUCCUAUAGUAGUGGGAUAAGGGUGAUGUUAGGGUCCUAUAGUAGUGUAGUAGUUUUUCUUUAUAUUCAGUACAGCAUGUGAUAUUUCUCUAAGUAAAUGUUAAUGCAAUGCUGACGUCUGAAGUUAUCUGGCCGUGUUAGAAAUGCUGACGUGAACAGUUAGACCUCAAAUUAUUCAUGGCCUAAUUCAGAAUAAUUCUCCAUGUACCCCUUUUUAUUUUUAAUGUGGUUGUUUCCCCAACUUGUAGAUUCAGAAAAUGUCAAUUAUUUUAAAUAUUUUUUUCAUGCUGUCAUCUUUUAUUUUGCAGAGGGCAGGUAAUGCCAUCCUAUGUAGUGGAUCUGUGGAUGUUUAGAGGCAGCGCUACAGAAUAAAACAUGUGACUAUGUUGGGAAGCAACACUGACCUUCUUCCCACACAGAGAUGUGUCAUGACCAAAGUCGCAGAGAGGACAUGGAAAAUAAAGCUGUAACUGACACGUUAUUCGAAACCUUGGUAACAUAUCAUUGUCUUUAUAUAGUUGUUUGUUUUCUUUUUCCCAUUUUUGAAUAAAGGGUGAAUUAAAAUAUU